CGGGGCAGGCUCUGAGGGAUUACAGGCAGCUCCCUUAGCAGCAGCAAAACAACGGCUGUAGCAGAAAUGGAGAUGCAGUCUUAUUAUACGAAGCUCUUGGGAGAGCUGAAUGAGCAACGCAAGAGGGACUUUUUCUGUGACUGCAGCAUCAUCGUGGAAGGCCGGAUCUUCAAAGCCCAUAGGAAUAUUCUCUUUGCCAACAGCGGAUACUUCCGAGCUCUGCUGAUCCACUAUAUCCAGGACAGUGGACGGCAUAGCACGGCCUCUUUGGACAUCGUUACUUCUGAAGCCUUCUCUACCAUCCUGGAUUUCCUCUAUUCAGGGAAGUUGGAUCUGUGUGGGGAGAAUGUGAUUGAGGUCAUGUCAGCUGCAAGCUACCUACAGAUGACAGAUGUGGUGAACUUCUGCAAGACUUAUAUCCGCUCCUCACUUGAUAUCUGCCGGAAGAUGGAGAAGGAAGCCGCGGCAGCUGUGGCUGCAGCUGUAGCUGCUCAUCAGGCUGAUGGUGGGAGUUCUGCAUCUAGCCGGGAGAUGACUUCCUGUGGUCCCAAAAGCCAGGGCCCCAUCUUGGUGCCCUUGCCAGAACAAAGAGAAGAAGUUGGGGACUGCCCCCAAGAUGCCCCUUGUGAGGAUUGUACCAACUGUCACCCACUGGAGCUAGUGGUGAAAGGCCCCCUGGGUAGUGACUCUGUGGAUGACUUCCCUUCUUUGCCCAAAGGGACAGAGCCCAAAGUGGAGUUUGACUCUGAUGAAGUCGGAGUUGGUGACCGGCUGCAGCAAUACUCAGCCCCAUUGGCUCUGGAACCCAUGGAGGGGGGUCUGCCUGGGAGUCAGGCUUUGGACCUGGCCUGUAAUAAUUAUCACAUGAAGCAAUUUUUAGAGGCCCUCUUGCGCAACAAUACAACCCAGAGCAAAGAGGAUGCUGCCCACUUUUCUCGAGGUUUUGAGAGUAGACCAGAGGAUGCAGGAGCGGCUGUGAGCUCUAUGAUGGACAUCCCAAGUGACUGGUAUGGAGAAGAUGCAGGUGACGUGCUGGUGGUUCCCAUCAAACUCCACAAGUGCCCUUUCUGCCCAUACACAGCCAAGCAGAAGGGCAUCCUCAAACGGCACAUCCGUUCCCAUACCGGUGAGAGACCCUACCCCUGCGACACCUGUGGCAAGAGGUUCACCCGACAGGAGCACCUGCGGAGCCACGCCCUGAGUGUCCAUCGCUCCAAUCGACCAAUCAUUUGCAAGGGUUGCCGGAGAACCUUCACAAGCAGCCUAUCCCAGGGGCUGCGGAGGUUUGGUUUAUGUGACAGCUGUACAUGUAUUACGAAUCCACAAGAUGACCCUGUACCCAUCAACCUGAACCAGAUGGAGGCAUCCUCUGAGGGUCAGGAGAAGGGUGAUACAGGCAACGACUGGCCAAUAUAUGUGGAGUCUGGUGAAGAAAAUGAUCCCACUGGAGAUGAUUCUGAUGACAAGCAACAACUGCAUCGAAGCCUUCUGGACCGGGAGGCACUGAUGUAGCA